AUGGCCGGCGAGACCGGGGCCGCGGGUCUUUCCCUCUCACUCUCGAUGAUUAUAGCCGCAUUCUUCGGCAUCUCAUGCUAUAAUGCCGUCGAAAUCGCUAUUUCCAUCUUCUACAUGUUCAAGAAACGACGAGGUUUGUACUUCUGGAGCAUGUGCGUGGCCACGUUCGGCAUACCGCUCCAUUCCAUCACAGUCUUGUUCCGCCUUUACGCUGUCGGCCCAAACUUCGUCAUGAGCGUCCUCAACGACCUGGCCUGGUACUUCAUGGUGACCGGCCAAGCCGUUGUUCUAUACUCUCGCCUCCAUUUGCUGGUUCACAAUAGAGCGGAGCUCCGCUGGGUUCUCAUCAUGAUCAUAACAAACUUUUGCAUUCUCCAUAUCCCAACCACAGUCCUCUUCCUGGGUGCUAAUUCCGGAAACCCUGAUCCUUUCCUUGGCGGGUUCCAGGUUUUCGAGAGGAUUCAUAUCAUUGGCUUCGCCCUUCAGGAAGUCAUUAUAUCUGGACUUUACAUCUACGAAGCCUACAAACUCGCUCGAUGUCUUCAACCCGCCCUGGCAGCUAGGGGCCGCGAGGAGUCGAGGGUCAUGUCACACUUGAUUCUUGUCAACGCCCUUGUCGUCCCCUUGGACCUAAGCCUGGUGCUCUUUGAGUUCACUGGCUUCUAUGUCAUCGAGGCCACCAUGAAACCA